AUGCAUAGAGCUCCCAAAAAAAGCAACCAUGAACAGCCCCUCGCCCAUGGCCUCGCAAACAUCAGCCUCAGCCAAACAGACGGAACACCCGCAAAGACCAAGCGACCCGCCAGGGCAUUCCACCAGGAAACACAGCCCCCACCCGCCACCGGACUCAACUCGCCCAUGCCGCCCCGCCCAGAGCUGAACACCACCUUCCGCCACCGCCCCGACCGUCCCGAGCACCUCCAGCGCUACCAGCACCAGCCCAUGCCCGUCGUCCCCCCAGGCCCUCCGCUCGACCAGCAGCAGCACCAGCAGCAGAACCCCCCGCUCUUCCCCCAGCCCAGCCAGCCCCGCUCCGCCGGCCCCCGCAACCGGAUCGACCCCAACCAGAUCCCCUCGCCCGUCAUCGUCCACGAGCAGGACGCCGAGAUCUUCGCCCAGGAACCCUUCCGCACCGCCCACACCCUCUACCCCGCACCCUCCUUCGCCCCCAACAACCCUCCCCCACCCCCCCCACAGAUCCCGCUCAGUCUGACCGACUACGUGGCCAUCGACCAGGGGAACUGCUCCCCCAGAUUCAUCCGCGCAACCACCUACUGUCUGCCCGCAUCCGACGACAUCGCCCAGGCCGCCGAACUCCCCCUGGGCUUGGUCAUCCAGCCCCUCGCCGAACUCGCUCAGGGCGAGGGCGACUGCGUGCCCGUCGCCGACUUCAGCCAGGACCCAACCGGCCCCCCACGCUGUAGCAGCUGUCGCGGGUACAUCAACCCGUGGUGUACAUUCAUCGACGGCGGAAACCGCUUCAGAUGCAACCUGUGUGGCAAACCAAGCGAUGUACCUUCGGCCUACUUUUGCCAUCUCGACAUGUCCGGGCGGAGGGUGGACCAUUACCAGCGUCCGGAGCUAUGCAGGGGAUCGGUCGACUUCAUCGUCAACCAGGACUACUGGGUCCAGUCGGACUCCUCCGACUCCAAGCUGACCGCCAGACCCCCACAACCGAUGAAAUACCUGUUCGCCAUCGACGUCAGCUGGUCGGCCAGCAAGAGCGGCAUGCUCGAGCAGAUCACCAAGUCGAUCAAGUCCAUCAUCUUCAACCAAGACCCGCAAGACCAACUCAAGGUAGACGACGACCUAGACUUCCCCCAGGAGAGCUUGAAGCCCACCCGCACCUUCCCCACCGGCGCCCACGUGGGCUUCAUCACCUUCGACCGCACCGUCCACUUCUACAACCUCAAAGCUGGCCUCGACCAGGCCCAGAUGCUCGUCGUCCCCGACCUCGACGACAUGUUCGUGCCGAUCGGCGAGGACGCCCUCUACGUCGACCCCGCAGAAUCCCCGGCUAUGAUCCACAAUCUGCUCGACAGCCUCCCAUCCAUGUUUGCCGAGAAUAACAUCAUGGAAUCCGCCCUCGGCGGCCCGGUCCAAGCUGCCUUCUCAAGCUUGAAACGACUGGGUGGUCAAGUGAACAUCUUCCUCACCUCAUUGCCGACGAUCGGACCGGGCGGCUUGAAACAGAGAGAAGAUACCAAGCUGUAUAACACCGAGAAGGAGAGCACGCUGUUCAAUCCCGCCGAUCCGUGGUACCGCCAAGUCGCAGAAGAGUGCUCGUUGGCCGGGAUCGGGAUCAACAUGUUUCUGUUCCCGUCCCAAUACAUCGAUGUCGCCACAAUCAGUGUCUUGUCCGGCAUCACCGGCGGCGAAGUCUUCUUUCACCCAAGAUUCAACCCCCAGCGCGAUUGCUUCAAGGUCCAUUCCGAGCUGCGUAGGGUGCUGACGAGGGAGACAGCGGCGAGUGUGACAAUGCGGAUCCGGUGCUCCAACGGGCUGCGAAUCUCCGAGCAUUUCGGCUCGUUCCUGCAACGCAAUGUCACCGACCUGGAGUUUGGGAACCUCGAUGCGGACAAGGCGAUCGCGGCGUUGCUGAAGAUCGAGGGCAAAUUGGAGGACAACGGCUCGGUGGAGGCCCAGCUCCAAUGCGCCCUUCUCUACACCUCGGCCGCCGGAGAACGCAGGGUCAGGUGCCAUAACUUGACCCUGCCCGUCACCAGGGUCAUCGGGAACAUCUUCCGGUCCGCCGAUAUGGACGCGACGAUGGCCCUGUUGACAAAACAAUAUAUUGCGCAGAUCGUGCAAGUCCCAUUACGCGAUGUCCGGGCGACGUUGACGGAGAGCUGUGUGAAGAUCCUCCUGGCCUAUCGCAAGCACUGUGCCUCGUCGACCUCACCGGGCCAGCUCAUCCUGCCGGAGUCGUACAAGCUGUUCCCGCUAUAUGCACUGGGGCUGAUGAAGACGAAGGCGGUGAAGGGCGGCAAUGUGUCCUCGGACGUCCGGACGCAUUACAUGCGCUACCUCAAGUCGCUCGGCGUCGCACAGACCAUCCUCAUGCUCUACCCCCGAAUGGUCCCCAUCCACUCCCUCAACGACGUCCCGGAGGCUUGUCAGUUCAACCCCCACAACCACAAGUUCAUCCUCCCUCCCUUGAUGCGCGCGAGUUACUUGCGGAUGGAAGCCGACGGGGUCUAUCUGAUCGAGAACGGAGACAUGAUGAUCAUGUGGAUCGGCUCAGGGGUAUCGACGGAAGUGUUAUCGGACCUCUUCGGAGUGACGUCUCUGGAGGCACUGGACCCGAAGCUGUUCGCGGCCCGGCUGCCCAAGCGCCCUGCCCCGCUCUCCAUCAAGGUCCGUCGGCUCCUCAAGACCUUCGACCUCCGAAGGGGAGACCGGGCCCUCCCACUCCUCGUCUCUCGCCAAUCGCUCGACUCGACCGAGUUCGAGUUCGCUAAUCUGUUGGUCGAGGACCAGAAUAACGACGCCAUGUCUUAUGUCGAUUAUCUCUGCUUCGUCCAUAAGCAGAUCCAGAACGAUCUUUCCGGUGCCGGGAGCUCCUCGAAAGCUAGUUACCAACAGGACGACCACCAGGCCGCCGCCGCCGGCGGCGGCAAUGCCGCGAGCUUCAUCGACCCCGGAUCUUUGUGGCGUGCCGCGUGGUAG